AGGCUCGCUUUACCAUUAAGAAACUGCUAAUGUCUAGCUUUUUAUCGUACUUUUUCUACAUAGAUCACCUUUUCGCAAUUAAUAACUCGCAUUCCCUCGAGAAGCCCUACUGCCGCUAAAAUCCUCAUACUGGCUCAUUACAUGGAGCUGCUCGAACAGCCAUAUAAUCACAUCAUCAGCAAUGGAUCAGAGCUGUCUAUAUCGUUAGAGCAAGGGAAUCGCCAUGCAGAUAUGAGCGCCGACGUGAUUGUCGCAAGUGUGCCGACAUUGGAACGGCCCGGAACGUCGCGACUGCACAAGUACAACCCUGAGGAAUUUAAAUGCAUUAUCAUAGACGAGGCUCAUCAUGCCGUUUCGGACUCGUACGUGAGGAUCUUCGAGUACUUUAAGGCGCAUGUGCCAAAUUCACCAAUACCGUUAAUUGGAUUCACUGCCACAGCAAGACGCCACGACCGCAAGGCUCUCAAAGCUGUGUUUGAUAUCACUUCAUACCAUAAGAGCUUCCAGGAGAUGAUUGACGAGAAAUGAUUGUGUCGUCCUCUCGUUGAGUCAAUUAGAACGAGGCUCGAUCUGGGAUGGAUGAAGACAAGGAACGAUGAUUUUUCAGCAACGUACCUUAGAAAAAGGGCCAACACGUCUUGUCGUAACGAUGCCGUUAUUAAUGGUUAUAAGAAGUAUUGCGGUAAGAAAGCCAUCAUUCUCUUCAAAAAAAAAAAAAAAAAAAAAAAAA